UUUUCUUCAGCGAACGCUCACCCCCUGGAUUAUCAGUGAUCUCAAAGUGUCUUGUUGAUGCCGUUUUACGAUAAAUAGUCAAUGUAGCUGUCUAGAGCGGACGCCAAUGUUGUGUUGCCUUUUAGGUGUCAAAACCCUAGUAGUAUAAAUAAUAAUAAGCAUAAUAAUAAGUCUGUGUUCUGUUUAUAUUCUAUUUGUAGAGUUUAUAUGGGAACAGUGCGUUUGCGGAACCUUAGACAGAUCGAUAUAGUGUGAAAGUAGCUGCUCGCUGCAUGUACGAGCGAAGCUUUGUGGCCAGUAUGCGGUCGUUAGUGUAAAAUGUAUCUUCCUGUCUUCUUCCAAACUUGAUCUGGUCUUAAUCUAUACAAUACAUCCGGAACAAUGACGUUGCUGUGCCUUUCGGUUUCAUCUCAAAGAAGGAUUGAUUUAAUGCUUAUUGUGUUCAUGCAUUGUAUCGCGCUAUGCUCAGGUCAUCUGCUUGAAGAUCAUGGGCGUUGCGAACCCAUCACGAUUCCUCUUUGCAAAGACAUCAAAUACAACACGACAAUCUUUCCUAAUUUACUUAAUCACCAGAAACAGGACGACGCCGCAACCGACGCCCACCCGUUCGUACAUCUCAUUAAAGCGAAAUGUUCACCCGACCUGCAGUUCUUUCUUUGUACUGUAUACGCACCCGUGUGCACAGUACUACCUCAUCCUAUUCCCCCCUGUAGGCCAUUAUGCGAACGCGCUAGGAGCAAGUGUGCACCUUUAAUGGAGAAGUUUGGAUAUAACUGGCCCGACAACCUCAGCUGUGAGCAAUAUCCAAUAUCGCCGUCAGAAAAACUCUGCGUUGGCAAUGAAACCGAGCCGCACGAUCAUGCUACUACCUCGUCUCCGAUGUUCGCCGGAAGUGGUACAUAUUUAGGUUACAGGCCUUCAAGUCGACAAAAUUCGACGAAAAAUCAUGGUUUCCUAUGUCCGAAAGAAUUCACAGUGCCUAGCAGUCUAGAAUAUGUAUUCAAAAUCGGUGGCAAGGAAGUGAAGCACUGUGGUAUGCCAUGCUAUAACAUGUUCUUCCGCGGCCAUAAUCUCCAUUUAGCCCGCUAUUGGAUUGGUUCCCUAGCGAUAAUUUCGGCUGUAUCAUCGCUCUUCACUGGGUGCACUUACCUCAUCGAUACCCGACGGUUCCCCUAUCCCGAGAGACCAAUAAUUUUUCUAACGCUUUGUAAUUUUAUGGUAGCGCUUGUGUACAUUGUUGGUUUUCUCCUAGGCAAACAGAUCGCGUGCAACGCACCCUUCGCUGCACCCAAUGGUGAGCGUAAUAUCCGUAUGGAGCACACGAUCGCACAAAACAACAAAAAAGAAGUAUGCACAAUCAUGUUUAUGGUUUUGUACUUUUUCUCGAUGGCAGGGGCUCUUUGGUGGCUUGCUCUAACCUUGGCUUGGUUCCUAGCGUCGGCCUUGCAUUGGAGUCAGGAAGCCAUCGAGUCGCUAGCGAGCCAUUAUUUCCAUAUGAUCGCCUGGUCACUUUCAGCCAUCAAGACAAUCAUCGUCUUGGCCAUGGGAAAAAUGGAAGGUGACCUUUUGUCUGGAGUAUGCUAUGUCGGUAUAUGGAAUAUGGAUGCGCUUCGAAAUUUUGUGCUCAUACCCAUGUUGUUCUAUGUUAUGCUCGGAGUUCUCUUUUUAUUAAUUGGUGUCGCAUCGUUGUGUCAUGUUCGGACGGUGAUGAAGCACGAUGGAACUAAGACGGAUAAACUUGAGCGACUAAUGGGCAGGAUUGGACUUUUCUCGUUGCUUUAUUUAAUUCCCACACUCACAGUGCUAGGAUGUCUUUUCUACGAACAGGCCAAUCUCGAUCGCUGGCUUCUAUCUUGGCAAUGGGAUGUCCAUCGUGAAGAUGAGGUCAUCAGUGCUCAACAACAACAACUAGCGCCAGCUGCGGAUUCGCUCCAUGUACUUUUACAACAGCAACAGCCUGAACCGUUACAGUUGUUGCUGCAACCUGUACAGCCUUUUCAACCUGGUAUCCUUGGAUCAAACUCGGUUUCUAUAAAACCUGCAAUGGACGCUUACGAACCGUUCGUGAGAAUCACUGUACAGCCGCAAAGUCGGGCGCUGCGAUUUCGAUACAAAUGCGAAGGCAGAUAUCCCGGCGCUCUCACAGGAGUCGGAACUACUAACGAUGUUAAAACAUACCCUCAGAUUCGGGUGGAGAACUACGUUGGAAAAUUUGUGGUGGUUAUUUCUUGCGUAACAAAGGAGCCACCCUAUUAUCCACAUCCGCACAAUAUCGUCUCGAAGGAGGGGUGCAGGGAUGGCGUGUACAGUAAUAAAUUUGAUAAGACCGAUAUGACAGCGACCUUCACGUCACUCGGAAUUCAAUGCGUCAAGAAGACCGAGGUUCUAGGCAGCCUCGACGAACGGGCUAAACUCCGAAUUGACCCUUUCAAAACAAACUAUGAACAUCGUGCACGGCCAGGUGAUAUCGAUCUCAACGCUGUUCGACUCUGCUUCCAGGUAUUCAUCGAGCCAGAGCGUGGUUGCGGUAGAUUCAAUCGCCCACUGGCACCCGUCGUAAGCGACGUUAUAUUUGACCGCAAAGCAAUGAGCGAUCUACAGAUCACCAAACUCAGUCAUAUAUUGGCACCGCUACGCGGAGGACUGGAGAUGAUCGUUCUCUGCGACAAGGUCUCCAAAGAUGACAUCGAAGUUUACUUCUAUCAGGAAGAUUCGGCUGGCAAUCAUCUCUGGGAAAAAAAGGCGGAAAUUCAGUCUGUGCACAAGCAAGUUGCGGUUUGCUUCAAAAGCCCUAAUUGCUUGGACCAUGUAGUGACGGAAAGAGACCAACUGUACCCUGUCAAAAUCCAUCUACGGCGGACCCGUGUAAAUGAGCUAGGCGAGGGCCGUGACAUCUACCUGGUAAACCUUGGCGAAGGAGGUGAGAUCGGUGGUGGAGUCAAGCGGAAGCGAUCAGGUGCUGACCAAAACGCGCAGAUGCAGGCGGCUCUCCUUGCCACGCAGGGACGGCUCCAGCCUGGUGUUGCUCCACUCGUGGUUGGAGUUCCUGUAUACGGCCAACCACAGCCACAGUCUACGCAGACUUCGCACCCGUCGCAUACGCCACAACCAUCCCACUCUAGAGGUCACGACACCCGGCGACAGUAUGCCCCCUCGCCGCACAGCGACGACAGCCCAGCCCCUUCACCUCAACAGUGGGUUAUGCAGCCUUUAAUACCUUCGGACUCGGCUCAUGUCGUCGUUGGGACUGAACGAUCAGAAAAGCCUUUCAAUGGAGAACUUCCACAUGGUGGCAAUAAUCAAGAUCCAGGUGGCAGUAAUUGUGUAGUUUCGCGCAAGGAUCCGUUAGAUGCGGUAGACGUUAACGCAGCCGCUGAAAAACUUGAUUCUUUGGAUAUAAGUAUUCCUUCAGGAAUGAGCUUCAUUAGUAACAGCGACAUAAAUCUAAACAACUUAAACAUGGCGGAUCUACAAAUGUCGGGACCAACAGCCACUCCAGUGAUUUUGUCCAAUGUUCCACUCGACAGCAAUCUUUCGUGCCACCUCGCGGUCGCUGGGCCACUUACUACCGCCAACGGAAAUCACCCGGGCGAAGUUGGCGAUGACACUUGUCCUGGAGCCGUUACCAGUAACCUUACGUUGCCUGGCAAUUUUUCAGAAUCGAUGUUCGAGAGCGGCACCAGCAUCAAUCAGCUUGAUCUACUAAACUCAGGACAGCUCCGCCAAUUGAAACAAGAAGAAGAAUAAGUGCACUGCAGUUCGAGCAUAGACCCACCAUUGUAAUCUCGCCUAAGCUGAAUAGUCUUUUAUGAACAGGUGGGCCAGUGUGGUUUACCACUGUAGCGAAGCAGGACGAAAAAGACCUUAAGGCUUGCCGCGCUGAAUAGGUCUCUAGGGUCAAAAGAGCGGUCAAGAGUUCAUUUAUGUUCCGUUAGCAUGGAAUAUAAUUAAUCGGAUCUGCCGUUUGGCUCAGACAUCGUUGUCGACAGAUAUGUUUUUACGCAUGUUAUAAGAAAAAUUUACAAAAUGGUCGUAAGUUCAUAUUUGUUAUUGCUGUGAUUGUCUGAUAGACGAAGGUAUUAACUUUCUCGAAGUUGCUUUAUAUUGAGACAGCUUAUCAUUUUGAAUGUUGGCAAUAUCUUGAUGCAUUCUACACCUGAUAUGCCAAAUGCAUUCAAGAUAGUUUUUAUUAUCUUAUCUGUCAGCUGUAAACGUACAUCACAAUGUUUCAGUUGGAAACGCAACACGAAUACAAAGAGUUAAUAUAAGCAAAGUAAAGCUAAUACAUGGACGCCAGACAGCUCUUUGUCAAAGUAGGGCUCAAGUCAGUUAUGUUUGACAAAGUGUUGAUUGCACUGUUUUUCCAGUAGGCAUUAUUUCGAAAACUAGAGAACUCAUAGAUCCUACCUUUAAAAUUACCUUACCUGCUCAUAAGCUAGCUGGAAUUUUUCGAAGCAGCUCAUCCUGAUUGGUUGUAGAGAAGUGUGGGCCUUUACCCCCCGCUCUAUCCGUCCAUCCACUGCUGAUAAUUCGUAGUUUGGAGAACUGUGAAGGCCACGUCGAAUUUUUUUGCAACUAGUGUCAUGCAAAAUGUUCUUUUUACUUUCUUAUUUAUGUAUGAGUAAUUAUAUGACGCGAAAACAUACUAUAUUUAGCUGGAAAAUUAACUCCCAGGGACCAGACUCUCUUUAGGUUCUAUUUCGGCCGUCGGGCCCGCCAAUGCAGGUCGGACUCGACGGUUUGCCCCUUUCAAACAUGUGGGCUAACGUGACGCAAUCUGUCGGAAGUGCCUUAUUUCUAUUGCCUUAUGCUAAUUAUUAUUUUGUUAAAUAAUCUAUUGACGUUGGGAAACGACAACAGUUCGCACUUGUUACGAUGUUAGAAAUUUAUUUCUGAAGAAAUCGUAAUUAUUUAAUGCUUCAAGUAGCUUAUUUUCUGCCUGUGAAUACUGACUACGUGUGUUGUGACGGCUUAUUAUUUUCAUGUUCCAUUGAGUUGGGCCACUUCUAAGCAGUUACUUACUGGUCUCAGAUAAGCUACGUUUAUCAAUAACAAUACUCUACACAGACUGUGGUAUAGAUCAGAGAGGGAAAUGAUGUGGCCGCGUCUAUGACCCUUUGACGAACUAUAGCGCGACAAUCAUUGCAAAUGUGUGCCGAUGAUCUUGUUACAAUGUUGAUACUGUUUUGACCCAAACAGUGCCAACGUACACCCGCGUCGAAACGAAGGGUUUGUAGAAUAUUUUUGUAAAUAAUAUUUCACGUCAAAACUAGUGAUCGUGGAAAUUCUAGGAAGGUUUGAAUCAAGCUGAUUUAUAAGCACAUACAUAUACAUAUAAAUCUAUAUAUACAUGUAUAUACACGGAAGGUCCGGGUCUACCUAUUCACAGCUCUUUCUACAAUAAGCCAGGAUGUAUCGCCUUGUUGUGCGUAAAACAGAAUCAUAGACAGUGUUAAAUCUGCUUCUCUUUACAAUGUCCCGUCGACGUACAAGCCGAACCGUGGCUUGUUCUUCUGCUUUGGAAAAGCGGUACAUUUACGGUCGCCUAGAAUUACACAUUUUUGAGCUAGCGCGCUAAAGAGCGAAGCUGAUGCGGAAUUUCUACGAAUGAGACUUUGCUAACUUACUAAAAAUAGGCUACACAAGAUAGCUUUUUCUCAGCAUCUACAGAAUUCAUUCAAUGUAACCUAUAAUAAGAAAUGUUUUUCUGGCUCUACCGUAUAUAAAAACGACUAGAAAGUGGAGGGGCCACGUGAUCUUUGGCAAUUCCUUUGGUUCUCCCUGCCGGUCCUUUCGAUUUCAGAGAAGGCGAAGUAGCGUUCCGUAAAAAAUAUUUAUAAUACUCUAUUUGCAAAGCUGCCUCUAUGGGCGACUGCUACUUGCAUACCUAGUACUAAAUGCUGGAUUUUCUGCUGUGUGGGGUUCGGGCACACUAGGAUGUAACUGUUAGUCCUAGUAGCGUUUACAGGAAACUGAUGCGUCGAUUGGGGAUUUACCAAGCGCAUUAAUUUUCCUCGAAUAAACUAACAGUUGGAGCCCACACCUGUCGGCAAAAUUCUUCCAAUGUAAACUGUUUGGAUCUUUCAAGGCUGCAAGUCUCCAAAAUCAUAGGACAGGUAGUAAUUGGGUACCCAGUGUAUAUAUGUGUAUAUUCGAUGAUUCUAUAUAACUAGUAGGAAAAAUUAUAAUCAAUAAAAGCUAUUUGAAUAUCAGCUAAACUGUUUUCUGCGCUAUUAUUUCGCUUCUUGCGUCACACGUUGCACGACCCGCCAGCGCUGGUUCGAAAAAACAUAUACGAGUCGUCGUCGUCGACGACGACGACGACGACGGCCCUUUUUUCCAACUAUUUGCCUUACGAUGGCGUGCGACCGUGAUGCGGUAAGUUAAAGAAACUUGCUUUCCUUCAAAUACCUGACCUUGGGUAGCACUAAUGAUACCUUACAUAUUGAUUACCGUUCUGUUUUUUCCAAAGUAUAGAAAUUUGCUUUUAGUUUUCAAAAAGCUUUUAGUUGUGACUGGCUACAAGUAUCUAUUGCAUUUAUCAUCAAUCCAUAAGUUCAUUACUGUUCUAGUGAAAUGUCGCACUUUCUAGCUGACGAUCUAGUUUAGCCAAGGGCUCAGCGGGCAAAAACGAUAGGAUGAGUUGAAGUAACCGCGCAGGCGGCUGGCCAACCCAAGAAGCAAACCAUUGCACGAUCAUAACAGAACCAAAACUGACUCGACAUUGAAGUAAAACGGCGGCCCAAUUCAUUUUUUGUUGGAUAACACAAGCUAUUUGUAUCGUUUUCAUUAAUAGGAAACACUCACACUUAACACUACCAGCGAAGCUUUAGAAGAAUUUUGAGUACUUUUCGAGCUUUACCCUACCAGCGGAGAUCUGAUAGAUACAGCGUCUUUGAGUAUCUACGACUGUUACCUGAUUGAGAAUACUCGAAGAAUAAUUUGUUUUGAGAUGAAGAUUUGGUAAUCAAAAUAGACGCAGAAAAAAAAAAACAAACAAACGCUGUGAAAAAAACGGGAGGCAAGGAAUAGGUUCCGUACGAACACGUAUUGUGCACUCUGUCUAUGACACGGGCCAUUCGGUGCAGCCCAUCUGAAAAAGAUCAGACGAGGGAAUGGCGUCAGUCACGACGAACAGUGACUCUUCUACCAAUUAUAUAGCCUCCAUUAAUGGACCACGAGGGGGCACGUUUUGCUACAUGUCGAUUUAUGAAAAAGUUCAAUGUAAAAUUCGAAAGCCACCAUAACUACACUAAAAAAAUACUACUCUCGAGCGAAGCAACUUGUGUAUCCCGUCCGGUUAAACUCGUAGUGUGUCUCCAUCCAAAAAUAUCCGUUAUAAGUAACUAGAGUUCCAUGAAACAUGAAGAUUGACGAACAUGGAUUUCCUAAUAGACUAACCAUAUCGGUUAGGCGUUACAUAGACUACAAAAAAAUCAAAAGAAUCUCUCUUUAACGACAGUUCUUGCCAAUGAAACGCGUAGAUUUCCGUCUAGCUACUAUAUUCUCUAGUUUUAAAAGCAUAUGAACUGCGUUUUAGCCGAGCUCGCUGUUGUUCCUAACAAUGUUCAGUCAUGGAUAUGGAGGGUAAUUGUGGGGCAAUUUUAUAACGGCGGGCCUAUUUGUUUGCCUAGAGUUGGCACGAACGUGUUUGUUGACAUUGCACCUGGUGUAACCAACCGUCAAUUAGACUAUGGGAUUGUUGGCUUAUUUCUUUUGCUAUGAGUCCAAACCUAAGACUACUUACCCCACUAUGUUGCUGUCUUAAUAUUUUCAGCUCUAUCUAUUCCGCUGAUUUCCAAUCAGUAGUUUAAUCGAUAACAACAUUUGUCCGUGUUUAUUAUUUCGUAGAGUACGGGCUAAACAGGUGUCUUUCCGCACGAUACGAGCGAUGCUAUCCAGAAAUGUUCGCAAAGUGAUGUUUGAAUAAAUUACUCUGUUAUCAUAAUUGGACAUGGAAUUGGAGAGGAUUAACUCGAGUUUUUAUCUGUCCUAUUUUCCCAUAUCUAUAAAUUUUUCAAGGCUCAUAGGAAUCAGAUGCCCUUAACGUCUAUUGAUUCUGCUAGGAAAAAGCGGUACAGUUAACUGGCGUUGAAGAACAGGCAAUUUGGGUUUCCUAUUGCUGCAAUAAUUAAUUUUCGAAGUAAUAGGUAAAUUUCGAAUACAUAUAUCGACCUACCUUUCGUACGGGUCCGCUACCACCGUAACAAAUCCAUUUUUCCACUCCGCUAAAAAUAGAACGAAUGCCAAAUGUCACUGUUUAAUGCAAAUCUGCACAAAAAAAAAUAUAGCAACUUAUUUUCUUCGCUCGUGUGCCCACAUAACUAAAAAAUAACAGAUGUAUAAUCCAGACGCAUAGCAGCUUGAUUAGAUUUUACACUCGACCGUGAAGUACUCCAUUUUGAGAUUUUUUUUUUAAUGCAUUUAUUUUAGAGGGCAUAGUUUGGCUAAAAGAAUGGCUUAUUUCUCACAAGAAAUAAACAUGUAUAACGACAAUUAAGACCAACUAUUUGGAAUGUUGGCUUUAUGAAAUUAAGCAAACAACACGGUUUAGGCAGCGAAAUUAACUGAAGCAUAUGAGUCUUUAUUUACAUAUUCGUAUAUUAUAACUAACUUGUAUUAAAACAAUGAAGUGUUUGCUCUAGUAGUACUCACUAUUACUGUCGCUUGCAGCCUUUUAUAUUUCGCCCACAUAGCGACUCGAAUAAUUUUCAUAUGUUAUCUCUUAAAUAUGGUCAUUUAUUCCGUUGGAAAAGAAAACGUAAUACUUGACGGAUAGGAGACUCUUCCUCCUCCUUCGUGCGUGUGACCACCGGCAAUAAUGGCAAUAAUACCUCAAAAUGGGUGGAUCUCAAAGCUUCUUUCUUUGCUCCUUGUCCCGUUUUUUAUAAUAGCAAUACAAGUUAUGAUCACGAUAAUGCUAAUAAACGGCGGACGCUGACAAACUACUAUGGAAAGUCAAUUUUCAAUUGUUUUUAAUACACCCAAUAGUAAGUUAGCAAUUAAUUGUAUUAAAUAGAGGUAAUUAUAACGAUGCCGAACGUCGUCAUAUAAUAAUAAUAAUAAAUUCCUUUGCAACGAAGUGCCUUCGAUUCGGACGGACCUUCACGAUGACCUUUUUUUUCGCUGUAGUAUUACAAUUAGGAGUAUUUCAUCAUAGCAUGUAUGCAUUAAUAUAUAUUGGUCAACAGGAAGCCAUGUUCCUGCGUUUGGUUAGUUCUUCUGAGUCGUUCGUCUUCUUCGCCUCUAUCGCCAUUAGCCAUCUGUUGGUAUAUUUUCUUUCUGUAUUUCUCCAUCGGCAGUUACGGUGAAACGUCAAACUGCUUACCUAACGUAAUCUUUUGUAGUACACGAUGUCUGCGACAUGUCAUCAACUAUGAUUCUCAAUAAGCUGUCAUCGUUGUCGUAGCGGUACUUCGUUCCGGCUCAUGAUCACUAACAGUUGUCCGUUGCCGCUAGAACAAUGGUGGCAUCUGGAUGUCAUAUGCUUAGGCUGAACACUACGAUCGUAUCGGAAGUUAUUACCUGAACACGGGUCAAGAUAUUAGUGAUGCUGCACCUCGCAGCACGGAAUAAAACUGUGAAGUGCAACAUGGAUUUUACCGCUGCGGUAACCCUUAACUGCAUCACCUAGCACUCAACAUCGGUUCAUAUUGCCCACUGUUUUAAAUGGCAGUGUUUACCUCUGGCUUUGGUUAGUAUUCAAACGGUUGUUCCCGCUAUAAUUGAUGCUGCUCCAUUUGUUAUUCGCCGACGUUGAUACCGUCGAGGGCGGCCCCCGGCAGCCCUACGCGAUUGUUCAGAUCCUUCGGGCAUUUGUUGUUUUUCGCUGUCCUAGUUUGGUGGUCCUUUAAUUGCCACUGCUGUUGCUGCUGACGUUUCGUUUCCUUUAUUUGGGGAACGGUCGGGGACAAAAGUUUUGGAAAGGGUGGUUCCUCCUUGAUUGGUUAUGACUCUUCUACAACUCCGUCAUGUGGAGCUCUGCCUUUGUUAUGACUCCUUUAGUUAUAUUAUAAAUCUUGUUCACGCACAUCCAUAGCGUGUAGCACAUGCGUGGAACGGAUCUAAAAACAUGUUAUAUUGGAUAGAGAAAGUAGAGUCGGGCACAUACCUUUAAGCGUAAAGUAUAUACUUGAAAUAAAUACCUAUGUAUACCUUGGUAAAGUAGAUUCAGGUAUACAAAGAUUCAUACCUUCAGGAGAGGGGUGGGCGACAGUGCAUCGUGAUUAGUGAAGCGGAACGCGUUUAGACAAUACGUUUUUAAUGUUUUCGUUUAUAAUGUAUGACUUGAUUGCCUAGCCUCCCCAAUUCAUUAGCCAAUUUAAGUUUCAGCCUUAAAUGGAGUGAUUUUGUGUAUGGCUUCUAUUUCUUCUCCAAGUGAACUAGAAAAAACCUUCGUCGUCAUUUCAGUAGCAACGGUGCAGCAGGCUGGCGCUAUAAUUGCAGGCGACAGACCUACCUCGUUCUAUGGCUGCUGUAGUACAUCAUGCAAAUUAAUUAUAUAUGUAGAUUGGUAGGGGGCUGAUAUAGAGCUACACAAUGGGCCAAUGUAACUUGUUAAGGUUAGCUAUGAUCUGUCGACAUAGCUAGUAGUAUUAUAUAUUGAUCCUCUGCUGUAGGAGCUCCAAGAAUACUACUUACAACUGUAGUAAUGGUUGUGUGGCAAUAGUUAUUAUUGGUAUGGAUACACUUCUUGAUACAACUUGCAUUUGUUGGUAACAUUUUUGACGGUGAUUUCUUUUUAGCUUCUAAUUUACCUGUUCCGAACCACACAUCGCUAAAAAAAUCACUCCGUGCACCGACUACGCUGGCUUGCAGGUCCGUCCCGUUGCAGUCGAUUCUCAACUGCCUUUAUACUUGAUGAUAUCUUUGAUCUUCUUUCGGCGGUAAGACUUUCUAUAGCUGCGAUGUCCAGGUGCUGCGUGCGGUUAGCAUUAUGAAGCGUUUUUGCGGGUCGUGUAUUGACAGACCAUUAACGAUUUCACUUAAACGCGCCAUUAUUGGGCGUCAGUGGAUUUUCGGGGUUUUUUUGGAAGCAGCAGUAGCAGAAAUUCGUAAUAUCCGCCUCGCGGCAACAGAUCCGCCCGUCCCUUCGGAAUAAUGCAGUGGCAC